CCCCGGCGCCGCGGCCCCGGCCCGUUGGGGCCGGCCUCGGGCCGCCGCCUCAGCGCGGGGCAGAGCGGAUGGCUGACAGCGAGCCGCCGGCGGUCCCCACACGCCGGCAGCGCCAACCGCCACAUCACCGCCCAGCCCCUCCGAGCCACGCGCCGUCCUCUCCUCUGCCCCAAGAAACAAACGCCAGCCACGGCUCGGUCGCCACACCGCUGGUUUACGUCGUCCGUUCGCGAGCUGCCCCUCGUCUCGUGCGAAGACGGUUCGGUUUAGGUGCGGGCUCACCUGCACCAUGGUCCGUACAGCGCCUAGCGCGCCAGGGUCCCGAUUCGGGAGCAGGACGCCCAGGAAACGCCUUCGAAGUCAUAAGAAAGGGAAUUGCUUUGUCGCCCUCGUAAAUCGACCGCGUGAAGUCCAACGCGCGCCAAACGCUUCCCUGCUCAUCUUUUGUGGAAGACGGGUCUGGCCCUGCGCUCGGUGCGGUGAUAACAGGUUCGCUUCUCUCUCGUCUUUCGUGGAAGAUUUUUUAAUACGUUAGAGAAGUUUGUGAAGACUCAAAAAAAUAAAAUGGGAUAGGGGUUUUGGAAUAUCUUCCGCGGCGAUUGAAUCUGCUCUCACGCAUCUGUUGCCCCUUUACUUAACGUGUACGGUUGCCCGCGCUCGCGCUUUCAUCCGACGUCUUGCAGUAUUUCGCAGAUGCUCUUAGAUGCCCCAGCGCCUGGAGUCUUGCCUCCCAUUUAAAAAAGAAAAAAAAAAGCACGUUUCAAGUUCCCACGGUGGCAAUGCAUAUAUAUGUACAGCAUAUUAAAGACCUGAUCGUACUCCCAUUAAAACCAAAGGCAAAACUCUGAAGUUUUACAGGAGUGGAACAGAAGAUGGGUGCUGUGCACAUGCUUCGUUGUCGGGUAGGGCUUGUCCUGGUCGCAUGGAUGACUAAACAUCAAGACCAAAAUGCUCGUGUACGAAGCUCGCGUACUCAGCACUCUCACGUGGGGUGGGGAAACUUCUGGACAUUAAGAGAAAAGGUUGAACAGCUGCCACCUGCGCUGUUCAUGCCUCAGACUCGACCUCAAAUGCAAAAUAAAAUUGCCAACGCAGAGGUUCUUCAAAGGACAAAUUUACCAAGUGUGACAGCCCUACUCAGACAGAGACAACUGCGCUGGCUAGGCCAGCUGAGUAGAUUGCAAGAUGGACACAUACCCAAGAACAUGGUGUACGGGGAAUUAUUGGAGGGAACAGGAAGAACAGGACACCCCCAGCUUUGGUAUAAAGACACGUGCAAGAGAGAUAUGAAGGCAUUUGGACUUGAUCCUGGCCAAUGGGAAACCUUGGCAAGUGAUCCGAACAAGUGGCAUCAUCGUCUCCACCAGGGCAUUAAAGCCCGUGACAGGAAUUGGCCCCAACAGCUUGAACUGAAAAAAGUCUGUAAGAAGCAAGCAGCUCCCAAACCACCCCACCGCGAUGCAUAUGUUUGCAACCAGUGCCACAGAUCAUGCAAAUCUCAGAUGGGAUUAUUCGGUCACAUGAGACAUUUAUGUCAUAGGCUGCAAUUUCUACCAUCUCUCACAGACUAAAGGAUGCCAUAAAAAAAAAAAAAUUGAAAAUAAAGCCAUGUUUCCAAGACAUGCAAUGAUAUUCAAAGUGCAGAACACAAAUAAAUGUCACCAAAAUCAAUGAGAUAUGCUGGUAUUCAGGAUUUUGCUAAUUAGACCCAUGGGAUACUGGGGGAUGGUGCAUACUUAUGCAAUUCCUGAUUUUCCAAGAUGCCUAAUGAUAUAAACCCAUAACAGAGGGAAAGGAUCAAACCCUUGUGGCUUCUUGCGUACAAAAGAGCCUCCACUGCUGACUCACAUGGGAGCCACAAAUCUUGGAAACUGUACCUUCCUUUGAUGUCAGGCCAGGCCUCUCUCAGUCUGCUCUCUGGUACCAUAUAAACCAGUACAGACUGUUCCAUGGUCGGGUUGUCAGCAACUAACUGCACUGCCACCUGAGCUAGCCUGGGUGAGAAGGGUGCGUGGACACUCAGCAGGACUAAAAACAAGACCCCUCAAAGGGUGGAUGAGCUCCCUGUGAGCCAACAGCCAUCCGUACCUGGAGAGGAGAUGGGCGCCACCAGGUCACUCUGCCCAAGGAAUCACCGGUGAUGCAAAGCAACUCCACUAGGGUGGUUACAGCCUCUAAGAUGCCCCAACGGUUGAGCAGCCUCGGGAUUGACUUGCCUUGCCUUGUACCUUCCUUUGAUGGAUAAAUACAGCCCGCUGCCCAGCAUGGUUUAAAAGACCCUCGUUCUCCACCCUUUUAAUCUAUUUUCCAAGGAGGUGACUGUUUCAGGCUCAUUUAUAAAACCAAGGUCUUUAGUUCAAGCUGAAGAGACGCAUGCUUUUAGCUCCCAUUUCAGUCCCCAGUGCCAACUAAGAGACUGGCCAGCUCAUGCAGAUUAAAGGCACAGAAUACAGUCUAAUGUGUCCUUCUGCCUCCUCCUGUUUCAGUCCUGUUCUUGCAAUGAAUAUUCAGAGGAUUUCUGCAGCCCCUGAGGUUUUGACAUGGAGAAAAUUUCUCCUUUGUACAAUAAAGCUCAGACAGUUGGGGAAAUUUAAAAUAAGCUUUGAACUAAGGAGUUCAGGCUCCAGCAGAGGCCAAGUAGAGAUACAUACUCUGAAGACAACCCUACCAAAGACAGGGAAGAGAGAAAGGAAAAGGAUCAACAGGGUCACAUUGAAGAUAUCUCACUCUACCACUGAUUUCUCCAUCAAAAGAGUCCAUGUGGUUCUCUACCACUAAGGUUUGAACAGGAUAACUGGUGCCUGAGGAAGCUGAUCACUGUGAGCCCUAAUUUACCUGGGAGAGAUCCAAUGAAGAUGAGGUCAUUUUCUGCUGCCUCUACCCAUAACUGCAUCUCUAUUCUGGGUGCUAAGAGUCAAAGAAACUUCUAUCGCUAAACACGACCAGUGGUACCCCAGUUUGUCUUGAACAUCACCUUUUGAAGGAUUCUGCCCUUUAUGGCGUGUCAUUCUGGUCCUAAUGAUAUCCUGGCACUUAGGAACAUCAAGAAACCCCCAGUGGUGGAUGUAAACACAACGUGUUGACCAGGAGAAGCCUCCAUUGGCUUCAGGAGCUUAGAUCAGAUUUGUGACCAUUUAGAAAAUGCAUUUACCACCAAGGAAAAAGCUUCGAUGGAACCGUGUCUUUUUCCUGCUGGCCAUGAUAUUGACUUUCUCCAUCUAUCAGUUUAUCUAUAAACCCCAAAUCCUUUCAGCCUCCUGGGGAGGAUCUCAACCUGAGGAGCAAGUGAAAGUGGCCAUCAGGGACCUUUCCAGCAACACGACUGCUGCAGCACACAAUGACACCACAGCACCCAAGAUAAGGCAAUGCGUGUAUGUGGAUCCUGAGCCAACUGUGCCCAUCUCUGUGGCAGUGAGUCCAAGCCCCUUGCCAGGAGAUGUCACAUCCAGCCACCCAGAUGAAGAGAGGCACUCUCCCACACAUGCCCCUAAAGGAGAGUACCCCCAAGACCUGUUCAGUGUGGAGGAGCGCAGGAAAGGGUGGGUUAUACUUCACAUCUUUGGUAUGAUGUAUGUGUUUGUGGCUUUGGCCAUAGUGUGCGAUGAAUUUUUUGUCCCUGCUUUGGGAGUGAUCACAGAAAAGUUGCAGAUCUCUGAUGAUGUGGCAGGAGCCACCUUCAUGGCAGCAGGUGGAUCAGCACCAGAACUCUUCACAUCUCUCAUAGGUGUCUUCAUCUCACACAGCAAUGUGGGCAUCGGCACCAUUGUGGGCUCAGCCGUGUUUAACAUCCUCUUUGUCAUUGGUACCUGUGCCCUGUUCUCCAGGGAGAUACUCCAUCUGACCUGGUGGCCACUGUUUAGAGACGUCUCAUUCUACAUUUUAGACCUAUUGAUGCUCAUCGCAUUUUUCCUAGACAGUUUAAUUGACUGGUGGGAAAGCCUCAUGUUACUGAGUGCCUACAGCAUGUAUGUGGUCACCAUGAAAUGGAAUGUAUACUUUGAACAAUGGGUGAAGGAUCUGUUGAGCAAGAGGAGAAAUUUCAUCCAGGCAGCGGCUUUAGAAGUAAAAAAGAAGAAAAGUACGGGGUCCAUCCUCGAAGACGGAGCAAAAUCACCAGGAGAGGGCAAGAGGCUGCAGCUCAUGCCAUCCUUGCAGCGAGGAGGCAGCUCAGCCUCUCUCCACAACAGUCAAAUGCGCAGCACCAUCUUCCAGCUCAUGAUCCACACCCUGGACCCCCUGGCAGAAGGUGAGCAGAUGCCGCUCAGCUAUACGAUCCCGUGCCCUACCCCUAUUGCAGCCAAGUUUAAAGACAAGGUUGACAUCUUGAGAAACAUGGCCAAGACCAAGAUUGACUCCCAGCUUAAGCUAGUCACAAAGUCAGGCGAGGAAGCCCAGGUACCCAGUGCCGUGAAAGUGACCCCUGCCAGCGACGACGAGCCCAGCAAAGAGCAGGAUGAACAGAAUGCUGAUGCCAAUGCGGAUCCCAAUGCAAAAGCAGAUGCAGAUCCAGAUGCAAAGGGAGAUGCAAAUGCGGAUCCAGAUGCAAAGGGAGAUGCAGACGCCCCUCAGGACGAGCAGCCCUCUUCGGAGGGUGAGGGCUCAGAAGAGAGCAGCUCAGAGGAGGACAGUGACGAUGACAGCGGGGAUGAGGAUGAUGACGAUGAUGAUGAUGAAAACGAUGAGCCGCUCUCCCUUGAAUGGCCAGAAACCAGGAGAAAACAAGCAGUGUACCUCUUCCUCCUGCCCAUUCUGUUCCCCCUCUGGACUACCGUGCCCGAUGUUAGGAAUCCGAACUCCAGGAAAUUCUUUGUCUUCACGUUUCUCGGGUCCAUCCUCUGGAUCGCCAUGUUCUCCUACCUCAUGGUAUGGUGGGCUCACCAGGUUGGUGAAACAAUUGGGAUUUCAGAGGAGAUUAUGGGCUUGACGAUCCUGGCCGCAGGGACUUCCAUCCCUGACCUCAUCACAAGCGUCAUUGUUGCUCGCAAAGGUUUGGGCGACAUGGCCGUCUCCAGCUCUGUGGGUAGCAACAUCUUCGAUAUCACCGUGGGUUUGCCAGUUCCUUGGUUCCUUUAUUCCCUCUUCAACGGAUUCAAAUCGGUUCCCGUCAGCAGUAAUGGCCUGUUUUGCGCAAUCGUUCUGCUCUUCCUCAUGCUCCUGUUUGUGAUCAUCUCAAUUGCCACAUCCAAGUGGAAGAUGAACAAGUUCUUGGGGUUUACCAUGUUUGCUCUGUACUUUGUAUUUCUUAUUGUCAGCGUGAUGCUUGAAGAUAGGAUCAUAUCCUGCCCAGUAUCCGUAUGAAGGCUGGACAAGCCGGGACACAUGCAUUCUUGUAAAGGAGAUCUCAGUGUACACAUAAAUGAAUGCGAGCAGGGGUUUACGUUAGCUCUGUAUUUUACUGAUUCGAAACAAACUGCCUGCAGACCCGAGCUUUACUGACCUUUUGACAAAUUCAUGCAAGUUUUGUUACCAAGAUGUUUGAAAACUAAACGCUUAAAGCUUUGUCUCUAAACAGCCCAACCGUGUUUUCAAGUGUCAAAGAAGCAAGCCUGAUGCACUGAGCCCUGCCAGGAUUUACACACAUGCUAUACACUGAGAGUGGCCAGCUGAUUUCAGGGUAGCAUUAAACACAAAUGUACACUUUUGCAGGAUCAGAUCCCAAAUUGCUUAUCAGACUGCUCUAUCUUAAACCCAUGAAAGUCAAUGGAGCUUCAUCCUAGCUUUCAAUGUGCAUGGGUCAGACCCCCAGGGAAGCUUUACACAGUGAGAAGUGCAGGAGAGCUAGUCAGGAACAGCUAUUCUGCACUAAUGCCACAUUUUGGAAGUGGAUUCACCUAGUGUCCAUGGCAAGGAGUUACUGUGCUCUAAAUCUGCAUCAUAGCUAUUUCACAAGGACUUCCCCAUAGGCCCUGAGAGUAAAGUUCAUCUCUGUGGAGAGGGCCAGUACAAGCACUUACCUGCUAGUGACCUUCUACAUCUCCCCCAUCAAAAUAGGGCUUAAAUGGGAUGUACUUCUGAUACAUAAGCCUUAUGCUGGCCCCUCUGAACAGGGGAGGGACUUCAUCCUGAAGAUUUUGGAGAAAGAGCAAGAAAAGCCAUGUCUGUGCUCAGGAAGAGAUCGCAUUUGCCUGGUGUGGAGCAGGUCUGAAAGAGCCAGUCUGCUCCUUUCUGAACAUGGGUCUAAUCCUGCAGUGUGGUGGAGUCCAACAGAAACCACUGGGGCCCUGCAUGGACAGAAGAGGAUGCGAACACAGCUGGCUUUGCAGACCCAGGGACUGGAACAGCACAUGGCAUAGCAGUGCAAGGCCAGGAAGGCAGGAAAUGAAACUGUUCCAUGAGAGGAAGCUGAAAUGCUCCUCGCUCCCGGACACCAACUUCUGACACUCACAGCGUUUGCAUCCAGCGCCCGCCCCUGCUGUUAACACAAAUGUUUUUUGCAUAACCAUGCUAUGCAAUUACUGUUCAUGUAACUGGCAUCCACCAUAAAUCAAUUAACCUGUAUGGUUUAAAGUUACCAACGCCUCAGUUAAACCUGUAGCGUAGUGAAACAUUACAGGCACUUCCGUCAUUCUUAAGCCAUUUAAUAAAAUUUAAAUAAAAAUAA